AGAAACGCUCGGAUCUGAUUGGUGAAUGAAUAGGGUUUGGUUUUACACUGUGAGCAAGUUUGAGUGCUAUAGCAUCCUGGAUUGUAAUGUAAAUAUCAUAGACACAGUAAAAAGAAAGGUAAAUACGUGAACACAGCAUCUGAAUACAGGGAACUAUAUGCAAUAUAAUCGCCGUAAUUUAUAAAGAACAUCGCAUUUAUGUAUGAAUCAACAGUUUAAAAAAAAAUUGCCUUAAAGGGGAAUCGAACCCGGGUCGCCCGUGUCAUAGGUCCGUGACACUAAAGACUGUGCCACAGAGUCACAUAUAAGAAACCGCUCUCUACACUCCUUAAGUAGCCUCCAGCAAAAUUCACGUUAAAAACAAAUUGUGUGGAGGAAGUGACGUAUGCCGUAAAGCAGUCGAAUUUUGUAGUUUUUUUUUGUGCUCUGGUUACUACCACAAACCCUAAGUUUUAAAAUACGAGUAAAAGUGAUACAGACCCCGUCAGGCUAUGGUAGACAUGUCAUUCAACCUAUAUAAAGUCGAUGUACUAUCACAAGGGUCUUGAAAAUGUAUUAUGAAGGUUGAAAAAUUACAUGGUGUCACUUUAACUCAUUCGCUGGAUGUUUGGCAUGCUUCAAAAAAUCUUGGGAGGAAGCUCCGCGAAGCAGCAAAAGGCAAGGAAAAUUCUGUGCUGAUGCAUUGGGUCAAGGAUAUUGUGAACCAUUUCUGGUAUUGCUGUCAGCAUGCAACAACUGUAGAGCAGUUUAAGCUGCUGUGGCAUGGUGUACUACAUCAUGUACGCAAUGAACACACAUGGGCCACAGGGUUCUGUGAGCAUGAGCCAUUGGAUGACAGCAGUCGAGAAAAGCCAUGGAUACAGCAAGGUUCUGCUGCUCACCAGACCCUAACUGCCAUUGUUUUGAACAAACGCUGGCUGAAAGAUGUCAAAAAGUACAUUACAUUCAGGACUACCUCAGAUUUAGAGAGUUUUCAGAACCAUAUUCUGAUGUAUGCAGGGAAGCGCUUUGCCUACAAGUACAAAGUGUACAGAACCAGGGUUUUUCUUGCAGCAAUUGAUUACAACUACCACAAUGGCCGCGAGCAUAGACGCAACAGAAAAGGAGAAAAAAUUUACAGAAGGUACUACAACAAGAAGUCGAAAAACUGGAGUGUGCAUGUUACAAAAGAGGCCAAGACGUAUGCCUACAUUCCCGACCUUCAGAAGGCAAUUCUCAGGAAAAGAUUAGAAAGUGGGUCAGGCAUUCCUCGAAGAAGAACUCUUUCUCAAGAUGACCCUGAGCGCCUUGGGCUGGUUGGCACAGCAGAGACACCACCCCCCACUGCUGAACUUGUGGCAAGACACAUUUCUCGUGGAGCAAUGGCUCUAGUAAUGGAAGACUAAAACUGAACAAAAACUGUUACAAAACAAACAUUCUUUCUUUAUUUGAAUAAAAUAAAAUAUUGAAUAUUAUAACUUUUA